AUGUUACUUUGAAACAAACGAACCUUAAUCUCAAAACACUUUUUGGAGAAUGGAUUGAAAUUGAUUUUUUCCUCCAAAAAUGGAGGGAUGUAGGAAAUUUUGAAGGAAUUGACACACAACCAUUUGAAAACAAAACUCAAGCAAUUCCCGCCUCUCUCUCUCUCUCUCUCUCUCUCUCUCUCUCUGCUCCCGUAGCUUUGAUACCAGUCCAAUGGAUAUACCCCAAGAAGAAGCUCCUGAGCCAUCCGAUGCUCAAUCAGAUGAUUCGACAAUUUCAUACCAGGAAGUGGAUAAACCAAAUCGAGGAAUGGGCGAAGCCCUCCAAUUUGUCCGAUCUGUGAGACUUGCAUUUGGGGACGACUCCAAGGAAUAUGUCGAGUUUCUCUAUCUGAUGAAAGAAUUCAAGAAUAAGAGAACUAAUGUCCAGGCAUUUCAGUUAAGAGUUAGAGAUUUAUUCAAAGAGCACCCAGAACUUGUUGCAGGCUUCAACACCUUUUUACCGGCUGGAUAUGAGAUCCCCAUGCAAGGCCAGAAUGAUGAAAUUGUAUUUGUUAACAAAGUCAAGGCAGCAUACGGGCACGAUGGAAGGCGCUACAAGUCCUUUCUAGACCUUAUGAACAGAAUGAGAAAAGAUAAGAAUGUUCUGGAGGCAUAUAAAGAGGCUUGCAUUCUAUUUCAUGAUCGGCGAGAUUUGAUUGUGGAAUUUAUAAAGUUCUUACCUUUUUCAUCGAACUCAAUGACUACGGAAGGAGAGAACGAAAGGAAGCUGAACCUACAAUACUCAAAAUGGAGAAAGGGCAAAGAUCUACUUUUUGCGAUGGCAUUCUUUCUUGUAUUGUUACUUGUUUUGGGUCUUUGCCAUGGGUAUUAGACUCCGAGUCUAUCAGCGCGAGAGUUGAAUGGUCCAUCAUCAACUUUGAAACUUGAUCAAACUUUUUGGAGCAAUACUUUUUUGUGUAAAUUCGAUGUAUAUCUGAAAGCGAAGGAAGUAGAGAAGGUAGAGCGAUAGUAGUCUAUGUUUCCUCACAGCUCUAUAUUUUGGAGGAUUACAACUCACAAGUUUAGAAUUGUUUCACCUUUUCCUGGAGAAAGUCGUAAACAAUAGGACUAUAGGUAUCAAAUUGCAAUGUUAGUUUCUUACAGUGUCGGAGAUCAAUUAGACUGAUUUGAAGGGUAGUCUCAUGAAUUACUAGCUCGUCAGAUUUUUCAAUUAAGCUCUUUGCUUGCUUUGGAUCU